AUAAUAACCACAGCAGCCAAGAAGAGUGCCUGACGAGCCCAUUUCUGUCGGACUUAAAGACACAGACAGACGGUGAAGCUGCUCAAAUAUCUUUCAGCUCAAAAUGUCUACAGAAAUUCAAAGUGUUGAAGAUUUCAGGGUGAAAUACAGCAGAGGGUCCCAAGAGGAUGGAAGAGUGAGAGAGCAAAGUGAGGUGGAGGUGUUAGAUGAUGGAGAGCAGCACCCUGAUGUUGGCCUACAAGAAGCUGAUGUUCACAGAGAGAAGAAGCUUCCAGCUGUGAGAAGAAGCUGGUUCAGAGCUUUUGAAGUGAACCUGGGAGUGCUGUAUCUGCUGGUUGUGCUGGGAAUCAUGACACGCUAUGCUUUGAACAAGAAUGAAAACAAAAGACUUCAUGCUAAAUAUGACAAACUGAACCACGUUUACAACGACACCAAAAAGAAUCACACUGAGCUCCAGGAUGAACUUCAAGACACAAAAACCAUCCUGACUCAGUUACAGAGCAGUUAUGAUAAACUGAGUAAAAACCACAGUCAGCUACAGGAAGAAGUGAAGAAGCUGAAGGAGAAGAUAGAAGAGAAGUGUCCUGAUCGAUGGACGAGAUUUGGAAGCAGCUGUUACUUUAAAUCCACUGAGAGGAAAACUUGGUCUGAGAGCAGGAGAGACUGUCAGGAUAAAGGAGCUGAUCUGGUGAUGAUAAACAGCAAAGAGGAACAGAUGAUGUGGUUCUGUUGGCUUCAUCAGUCGAUGGCCUCCAGCUCGUCUUGGAAUGGAUUUGCAGUCGAGCGUGAAGUGGUGGGAAUGAGAACCAGCACCACCAAAUCUGAGGCCAUGGUCCUCAGCCAGAAAAGGGUGGAGUGCUCACUCCAGGUCAGGGAUGAGUCUCUGCCCCAAGUGGAGGCGUUAAAGUAUUUUGGGGUCUUGUUCACGAGUGAUCGGAGAAGGAAGCGGGAGAUCGACAGACGGAUUGGUGCAGCGGCCGCAGUGAUGCAGGCACUGUAUCGGUCUGUUGUGGUGAAGAGAGAGCUGACUGUAAAAGCAAAGCUCUCAAUUUACUGGUCGAUCUACGUCCCUACCCCCACCUAUGGUCACGAGCUGUGGGUAGUAAACGAAAUAACGAGAUCUCGGAUACAAGUGGCGGAAAUGGGCUUCCUCCGAAGGGUGGCUGGCCUCUCCCUUAGAGAUAGGGUGAGAAGUUCAGUCAUCUUUGAGGGGCUCAGAGUAGAGCCGCUGCUCCUCCACAUCGAAAUGUCGAGUUUCUAG